CCAUUCUACGGUUGUACAAUUCCCUGCGGAGAAGAUAAACCCUCUCCCUUACCCUUUCGUCCUCUCUAUCCGCCAUGGCCUCCUCCGAUUCCGUCCCACUGUCGCCGCUUCAGGCCUCGGAUGCAGCGCCUCUGGCGCCGACUCUGGUUCCUGAGCAAUCAACGGUCUCCAUCCCUGAGGACGGUGGCGACGUUGUGCCCGAGGUGGAGACCCCGACGGGCGGAGACGAGCUUUCUCAGGUCGAAUCUAGACCUCCGGAUGUUGCAGACGGCGUCUCCGUCGAUUUUCGAGAGAAGAUUCUUACUCCGGACGAUGCCGUGCCCAACACUCCAUUGCCUGAUGGCGGGGUAGGGCAAAUCUCUUCCGGUGGCGCAGUUCCUUCUUCCGUCGAUGGAGAUGCGAAAUCUAUCUCCGCUGAUGAAGUAUCGGGCCUUACCCAAGUUGGUGACGGGGGGCUGCAGGUUUCUAGCACUGAGAAUUCCCCCGAUGGAUGCGCCGUUGGGGGAAAAGUUGAAGGGAAAGAGCCUUCAUCCUUGGGUUCUGUUCAAAGCGAGGAGAAAGAUGGGAUUCCGGAUGGUGGGUUGUCUGAGGAUGCAAUUCAUGCCAUAUCGGAGGACAGUGCAGAGAAGAAGGCUCUUGGAGUAGAGGAAGAUUCUAAACCUGUGGUUUUUCAAUCAACGCAUGCAAAGGACCAGAAGAUUGAAGCUGGUGAAGUAAUUGACGCAGCGAUAAACCUCGACAAGGUUGAGAAGCCUCUGGCUAUUGGUGUUGAUGCUAUAAACACUCAGGGUGCUGAAGUAAACGAUGAGAAGAUUGAAGCUGAUGAAAAGGAUGAGAAGAUUGAAGGUGCUGAAGAAAUUGAGGCAACAGGAAGCCUUGAGGUGGCUGAGAAGCCUCUGGAUACUGGUACCGAAGCUGGAAAAAUUCGUGUUGCUCAUAUCAAUCAAAUUUCUGACGAUGCAACAUCAUGUAAUGUCAUUGAAGACUUGAAGAGUAGCUACCUCGAAGCUAAUGCUCUUGAUCCAUCAAUCGCUGGAGAAAAUGGUGAGUCAGUACUUGUUUUGGAUGAAGAAGAGGAAUUUUUUGAUGCUGCCACUCAGACAGCUCCUGCUGAUGGCAUCGUGGGGGUUUAUGAGGUAGAGGCAGAUGAACUAGAGGAAGGUUUUGGUUCUGAUGUCCCUGCUAGGGUGGCAAUCAUAGAAAGCUCAGAAACAGCCAAACAGAUUAUACAAGACAUGGAUAAAGAUUUUUCCAGCAGAAAUGGUAGCUCAGAAUUCAUGCAUGAUGGGGAUGGGGAAAUUGUUGUUGAAUCUGAUGAUGAGGUUGAUACUGAUGAGGAUGGCAAUGGGGAAGAGAUAUUUGAUUCUGCUGCACUGACUGCUCUACUUAAAGCAGCUGCUGGUGUGUCACCUGAUGGCAAUAUUACUCUAAGCUCCCAAGGUGCUAGUAAGUUCUUCUCGGCUGACCCCCCUGCUGGACUAGGUUCUUCAGUUUCGUCCUUAAAGCCAACACCACAGCGUUCUUUACGGUCAAGCAUUUUUACUCCCGCGGAUUUGUCAGUAGUUGGAGAUGAUGAGAUAAUGGAUGAGGCAGAAAGGAAACUUCACGAUAAGGUUGAGCAGAUAAGGGUGAAAUUCCUUCGCCUUGUUCUGAGGCUAGGGCAUUCUCCUGAUGAUAUUGUUGCUGCUCAAGUUCUUCAUCGUCUUGGUCUUGCAGAAGGCAUGAAACGUGCGAGGCAAACUGGUCGUGCAUUUAGUGCUGAAAGUGCCAAGAGAAAGGCAAUGCAGCUAGAGGUUGAUGGCAAGGAGGAUUUGGACUUCUCUUGUAAUAUUCUUGUCCUUGGAAAGACUGGGGUGGGCAAGAGUGCUACUAUUAAUUCUAUUUUUGGCGAUCUGAAGACUAAGACAAAUGCAUUUAAGCCAGCCACAACUUAUUUGAGAGAGAUUUCAGGAACUUUAGAAGGGAUUAAAAUUAGAGUUGUUGAUACUCCAGGACUCAGUACUUCUGCAAUAGAACAAUCAUCAAACAGAAAGAUACUCAUCUCGAUAAAGAAAUUUAUCAAAAGAUGCCCGCCUGACAUUGUUCUUUAUGUAGAUCGCCUUGAUACGCAGACGCGUAAUCUGAAUGAUUUGCCUCUGUUACGCUCGAUUACUAGUAUAUUGGGUUCCUCCAUCUGGUUUAAUGCUAUUGUUGCUCUCACACAUGCUGCCUCUGCUCCGCCAGAAGGGCCAAAUGGUUCUGCUCUUAGCUAUGAGAUGGUUGUAGCUCAGAGGUCACAUGUUGUUCAACAAUGUAUUCGUCAAGCAGCUGGAGACAUGCGCUUGAUGAACCCGGUUGCUCUGGUUGAGAACCAUCCUUCUUGUCGAAGAAACAAAGAGGGUGAAAGGGUAUUACCUAAUGGGAAAAGUUGGAGAACAGAGAUGCUCCUUUUGUGUUACUCUUCAAAGAUAUUAUCUGAAGCUAAUUCCCUUCUGAAACUUCAAGAUUCUUCUUCUGGGAAGCUCUUUAAUUUCAGGUUUCGAUCUCCACCUCUUCCAUAUUUGCUGUCAUCACUUCUGCAGUCCAGAACACACCCAAAGUUAUCUGCUGAACAGGGUGGUGAAAAUGAUGAUUCGGAUAUUGAUUUGGAUGAUUUAUUGGAUGUAAACGAAGAAGAAGAUGAAUACGAUCAACUUCCACCCUUUAAACCCCUUAAAAAGGCUCAGCUUGCUAAGCUUACUAAGGAGCAACGCAAUGCCUACUUUGACGAAUAUGAUUACCGGGUUAAACUUAUUCAGAAAAAGCAAUGGAAGGAAGAACUAAGAAGAAUCAAAGAGAUGAAGAAGAGAGGAAAAAUCAAGCAAGAUGAUCUUGGUUAUGGUUAUGGAGAUAUGGGUGAAGAUGAUCAGGAGGGUUCACCUGCAGCUGUGCCAGUACCUUUACCUGAUAUGGCUUUGCCGCCUUCUUUUGACUGUGAUAACCCAGUACAUCGAUACCGUUUCCUGGAGCCAACGUCGCAGCUUUUGACUAGGCCUGUUUUAGACACACAUGGUUGGGAUCAUGACUGUGGAUACGAUGGUGUCAGCAUUGAACAAUCUCUUGCUCUUGCUAAUUACUUUCCUGGAGCCAUUGCUAUCCAGGUCACUAAAGACAAGAAAGAAUUCAGCAUUCAGUUAGAUUCCUCCAUUUGUGCCAAGCAUGGAGAAAAUGGUUCAACUCUUGCUGGCUUUGACAUCCAAUCUGUUGGAAGACAGCUUGCUUACAUACUCAGGGGUGAAACCAAAUUCAAAAACUUCAAGAAGAAUAAAACUGCUGGUGGAAUAUCUGUAACGUUCUUGGGAGAAACCAUAGCUACUGGUUUGAAAGUUGAAGACCAGAUUACAAUUGGAAAGAGGGUGAAUCUGGUUGCAAGCACAGGUGCUAUUCGUGCUCAAGGUGAUGUGGCCCUUGGGGCCAACCUUGAGGCACGGCUUAGAGACAAAGAUUAUCCAAUUGGACAGUCCCUUUCUACUUUGGGUUUAUCCCUGAUGAAGUGGCAUGGUGACCUGGCAUUGGGAACAAAUCUGCAAUCUCAGUUUUCCAUUGGAAGAAACUCAAAGAUGGCUAUUCGUGUUGGGCUUAACAACAAGCUCAGUGGGCAGAUUACCAUCAAGACAAGUACCUCAGAGCAGCUACAGAUGGCACUACUUGCUUUAGUUCCAACUCUGGUGUCACUAUUCAGGAGUUUCUGGGCUGGUGAGUCAUUUUUGGCUCACUAACUUCUAUUUGGUAAUUGGUAGAGUGGUCGUUGAGCACCAAGUUUAUCGCAAGUUUUGAAUUCUUGAAGCUCAUUAUGGUUUAGUUUGGUCAAUUUUAUUUUAUCUGAAUCUGCUAUUUUGUUGAACAUCAAAUAAAUGCACUUUAUGCUCUUAUCUUGUUGAAACCUCACUACAGGAAUUGGAACAAUAUUUGUUCUAAUUCUUACAAUCAACAAGGCUUAAUCAUAAUGAUGAUUGGCUUGAUGAAACAUAUUUUUUUUUC